AUGGAGGCAAAUGUUGAUUUGUGGCGUGAUGAUACUUCUUUACUGGAUGAUGCUGGACGAUAUAGGAGACUGAUUGGGAAGCUAAUCUAUUUAACAGUUACCAGACCUGAUAUUACAUUUGCAGUAGGUGUACUGAGCAGAUUUAUGCACAAACCUAGAGAGGUUCAUUGGACAGCUGCUCUAAAGAUUUUGGCAUAUGUCAAGAGUUGUCCUGGUAAGGGAUUGCUAUAUAAGAAGCAUGGGCAUACUCACAUUUCUGCUUUCUCUGAUGCUGGCUACGCAGGAGAUAUGGGAGACCGAAAGUCAACCUCAGGAUUCUGUACGUUUGUUGGAGGUAAUCUUGUGACUUGGAGAAGUAAAAAACAAGAUGUAGUACGAAAGUCAACCUCAGGAUUUUGUACUUUUGUUGGAGGUAAUCUUGUGACUUGGAGAAGUAAGAAACAAGAUGUAGUAUCACGAUCUAGUGCAGAGGCCGAAUAUAGAGCAAUGGCUCACACUGCUUGUGAGAUGGUUUGGCUACGAAAGUUUAUGACAGAACUUGGUUUUGAUCAGCCUGGACCCAUGCCAAUGCAUUGUGACAACCAGUCUGCCAUUUAUAUUGCACAGAAUCCUGUAGAUGCUUGGGAGAAGAAGAUAGUGUCUCUCAUAUUCACUCCAUCCUCACAACAACUUGCUGAUAUUCUUACCAAGGCUACUUCUUCAAAGGUGUUUUCUACUAUAUGUGACAAGCUGGGCAUGAUGGAUAUCUAUGCUCCAGCUUGA